GACCCCCCAGGAUCCCAUAAACCAAACCCCGUGCGGCUCUUGGCCAAGUCUCCCUCUAAAACCUUAUCUCUCCCUCCCAAACUCUCCAUUUCGUCUCUCACUAACCCAAUCAACUUCAAUUCUCCCAUAAAAAAUCCUCAGUUUUUCCCGACCACCGCCAUAGCUAUGGACCCCAAGUUUUCUUCUUCGCCCGAGACGACGACGACGCCGACGCCGGAGCCGACGUAUUCCUACUCACCAGGUUCUUCUUCUCCUACUUCCUCUGCUUAUGCUUUCUCUGGUUCCGCUUCCUAUUCGCCGUACCAGUUCUCCGAUGUCGGCGCUUCGACCGACCCCUAUGUUUAUGGCGGCGACAAUAGCGAGAGUCGUGGCGGCAGUGUUGUCGCUGGUUCCGGUGGUGGUGCGGUUUCUGGUGAUGGCGAUGGGUUUGGGAGUGGUGAGAAGGAGUUUGGAGGAGAUUUUGUGGAAGGAGAAAACCCUAGAGCGGUGAUGGGAGGAGAAGAUGGCGGUACUGGAGUUUUUGUUGUUGGUUCUUCGGCGUUCUCGAUGCGUAGUAACCAGAGACCAAUUGCGAAGGUCUCAAUCGAUGAUGACGAUGACGAUUAUGCUUUAGGUGGUUCUGAGGUUAGGGUUUUGGGGGCUGGGGAAUCGGGAGAGGAAUCUGGUGGUGGUGAUAAGGUAACGGAGAUAGGUGGGGCUGAGAAUUCUGUGGAGGUUUUGGAGAAAGACGAAGCUUCAGUAAAGAAUGAGAAUUUUGGGGAAUUAGUGAAAGAAAAUGGCUUCAGUGAUGAAAAAGAGGAAUUUUGGGCUAAAGUGAAUGAGAGGGUUGUGGUAGAGCAGGAAAGUGAGGAUUUUGGUGGCAGGGAGUCUGGGAUUGUAAGUGAAGUGGCUGAAGAUGGUAAAACUCUGGAUAAUGGGAAAGAUAAAGAUAACUCUGUGACUGUGGAACCAACAGAUGACAAGUUGGUCGAUUCGGAUGGGGCAAAUUUUACUGGAGGAGACUCGGUGGUGGAAGCUGUGCAAGUCAAUGUUUCGGCUUAUGGGGCAGCUAUAGUUGGGGAUGUGGAGGGGAUUGAGGAUUCUGAGAUUAAAGGCAUGGCGGUUCCAGAGGGUGUGAAGUUAGAUAACGAGUUUGAUACUCUUACAUGUGAUUCCGAAGAAUUGUUGAGUUUGAAGUCGCUGCCUGUUGAUUCUAAAUCUGAUGGGAAUGUUGUUGCGGGGUCUGGAGAUGGAGGACUUGCUGAACAAGAAACUGUUAUUACUGGCUCUGGUGAAGUCGAUUCGAAGAAUGAGCCAGGACGAGAACAUGGGGUGGAAGCUGAUUCCGCAGUUAGACAGAUAAGAGAUGAGGUUGAGAUAGGUGCUGAUAGUGAAGAAGGACGUGAUGGGGAUGAAACUAAUUUGGUGAAUAGUGUCUCUGAUUUAGCACCACAUGAAUUGGAACAGGACAAAAAGGCAAUAGCUAAUGGUGAAGAAGCGAAAGAAGAUGAAUUGGAAGCCGGGAUCCCUGUUAAAUCCAAUACGCCCGAAUCUUUGGGGCCAAGCUCCACUUUGAGUCGUGAGAUAGCGCUAGAACGUGGAGAUGAGGAGAAGCAAGUUCCAGAUGGUGAAGAUGAUGAUACAGAUGAGGAAACUGAAGAUGUUGUCUAUGGAAGCACUGCCAAACAAUUCAUGGAAGAGUUGGAACGUGCAUCCGGUGCAGAUAGUUCUCGUGAUAAUUCACAGAGAAUCGAUGGUCAGAUUGUCACAGACUCGGAUGAAGAAGUAGACACGGAUGAGGAGGAAGAAGGUGGUAGAGAGUUGUUUGAUUCUGCUGCAUUGGCAGCUCUUUUGAAAGCAGCAACAGGUGCUUCGCCUGAUGGUGGCAACGUCACAAUAACUACUUCAGAUGGACCCAGGCUUUUCUCUGUUGAGCGUCCUGCUGGUUUGGGAUCCUCACUCCCAAGGUUUGCAUCCCAUUCCCGUCCUAAUCAUUCUAGCAUUUUCGCUCCAACAAAUCCCACAGUGGGAGGAGACUCUGAGAGCAACUUGAGUGGAGAGGAGAAAAAGAGACUGGAAAAGUUUCAGCAAUUAAGGGUGAAGUACUUGAGACUUGUUAACAGGCUUGGUGUUUCCACUGACGACACAAUACCAAGGCAGGUUUUGUACCGGUUGGCACUUGUUUCGGGACGAGUAACCAGCAGAGAAUUUAGCCUUGAAACUGCUAAGGAAACAUCUCUCCAGCUUGAAGCGGAGAGGAAAGAUGAUUUGGACUUUUCGUUGAACAUACUGGUUCUUGGAAAAACAGGUGUGGGCAAGAGUGCCACCAUCAAUUCUAUUUUUGGAGAAGAGAAGACACCAAUCUAUGCGUUUGGACCCUCCACAACUACUGUGAAGGAAAUUGUUGGAACAGUGGAUGGUGUCAAGAUCAGGGUUUUUGAUACUCCAGGUCUGAAAUCUGCUGCGAUGGAACAGAGUUUUAAUCGCGGGAUUUUAUCUUCCGUGAAGAAGGUGACCAAAAAAUGCCCCCCUGAUAUUGUUCUCUAUGUGGAUCGGCUGGAUACCCAAAGCAGAGAUCUUAAUGAUUUGCCAUUGUUAAGAACAAUUACUUCUGCUCUUGGCCCUUCAACCUGGCGAAGUGGUAUAGUUACUCUGACCCAUGCUGCGUCAUCUCCUCCGGAUGGACCAACCGGUUCCCCGCUGAACUAUGAGUUGUUUGUUGCUCAGCGGUCACAAAUUGUCCAACAGACAAUCGGACAAGCUGUUGGUGAUCUGCGGGUCAUGAGUCCUAGUUUGAUGAAUCCCGUCUCACUUGUCGAGAACCAUCCCUCUUGCCGAAAGAACAGGGAUGGUCAGAAAGUGCUUCCCAACGGUCAAACUUGGAGAUCGCAGUUGUUGCUCUUAUGUUACUCUAUGAAGAUCUUGUCUGAGGCGAGUAACCUCUCAAAACCUCAAGAGUCAUUUGAUAACCGGAAGCUCUUUGGCUUCCGUACCCGGUCACCUCCUCUUCCAUACUUGCUGUCUUGGCUGUUGCAGUCUCGCACUCACCCAAAACUCUCUGCUGACCAAGGUGGUGACAAUGGUGAUUCUGAUAUUGACUUAGAUGACUUGUCUGAUUCCGAUGGGGAAGAAGAGGAUGAGUAUGACCAGCUUCCACCAUUCAAGCCUCUCAGGAAGUCCCAGUUUGCUAAGCUUACCAGAGAGCAGAAGAAGGCAUACUUAGAGGAGUAUGAUUACAGAGUGAAACUCCUCCAGAAGAAGCAAUGGAGAGAAGAGUUGAAACGGAUGAAAGACAUGAAGAAGGGUAAGGUCAGUAGUGCCGAAGAGUAUGGUUACCCGGGUGAAGAUGACCCAGAAAAUGGAGCCCCAGCUGCUGUUCCAGUUGCAUUGCCCGACAUGGUUCUUCCACCUUCCUUUGAUGGUGAUAAUCCAGCUUACAGGUACCGGUUCUUGGAGCCAACUUCUCAGUUCCUGGCGAGGCCAGUGCUGGACACUCAUGGUUGGGAUCACGAUUGCGGUUAUGAUGGUGUGAACGUCGAGCAUAGUCUAGCCAUUGCCAAUCGUUUUCCAGGAGCAGUUUCUGUUCAAAUCACCAAGGACAAGAAAGAAUUCAACCUCCAUUUGGAUUCCUCGGUUGCUGCUAAGCAUGGGGAGAGUGGAUCGACUAUGGCAGGAUUUGACAUCCAAAACAUUGGAAAACAACUCGCGUACAUUGUCAGAGGGGAGACCAAAUUCAAAAGUUUCAGGAAGAACAAGACUUCUGCUGGAGCGUCUCUAACAUUUUUGGGCGAAAACAUCUCCACCGGAUUCAAAAUCGAGGACCAGUUUGGGCUUGGGAAGCGAGUGGUGUUGGUGGGCAGCACUGGAAUUGUGAAAUCUCAGGGCGACUCCGCUUAUGGAGCAAACUUGGAAUUGCGUCUGAGGGAGGCAGAUUUCCCCAUUGGCCAAGAUCAAUCCUCACUUGGUCUCUCUCUGGUCAAGUGGAGAGGGGACUUGGCAUUGGGGGCUAAUUUGCAAUCCCAAUUUUCUAUUGGGAGGAACUACAAGAUGGCUGUUCGUGCAGGGUUGAACAACAAGCUCAGUGGACAAAUUUCGGUUAGGACAAGCAGCUCAGAACAGCUUCAAAUUGCGCUGCUUCAAAACGCGCUCGUUGCGCUUCUGCCUAUUGUCGGGAGCAUUUGUAAGAUCCUCUGGCCCGGGCCUGCUGUCGAGAAAUACUCUCUCUACUAGGUUGAAUGCUUUAUUUAUUUGUCAUCUAUUUCCAUUUUGUUACUUUUUCACAAUUAUUUGCCUGUCUUUUUGUUUUUGGUUGAACUCAUGUUAUUGCUAGAUAUGAAGUCUUUAUUGCGCGGUUAAAUGCAUUCGAAAUGAGGUGGAACCUUGAAGGGAUGCAAUAAAUGUCUGGUGGUAGCUUUUCCUUUCAUUUCAAGUACUAUAUGUUGCUGCCAUUGCUAUGUUUUCUUACCAAGCUUUCAUAUCUAUUAUUAUUAUUUUUUCAAUCAAAAUCAUGUCGUUUUUCCUUCGUA